UCCAGCGCCACGUCGUGAGGAAGUGUCGGUCCCCUCGAGCUGUUGAAAGGUGCCGGCGGAGCCUGUCAAGGUUACCUGGUUGGUGACUAAUUGUUCUGUGCUUCUUCUGCUGAGGCAAGAACUAUGUCAUGGAUCAAGGAAGGAGAGCUGUCGUUUUGGGAGCGGUUCUGUGCCAACAUCAUAAAGGCAGGCCCAAUGCCCAAACACAUUGCGUUUAUAAUGGAUGGGAACCGUCGCUAUGCCAAGAAGUGCCAAGUGGAGAGGCAAGAGGGUCACUCACAGGGCUUCAACAAACUGGCUGAGACUCUGCGUUGGUGUUUGAACCUGGGCGUCCUAGAGGUGACGGUCUACGCAUUCAGCAUUGAGAACUUCAAACGCUCCAAGAGUGAGGUAGAUGGGCUAAUGGAUCUGGCCCGGCAGAAGUUCAGCCGCUUGAUGGAAGAAAAGGAGAAACUGCAGAAGCAUGGGGUAUGUAUCCGGGUCCUGGGUGAUCUGCAUUUGUUGCCCUUGGAUCUCCAGGAGCUGAUUGCACAGGCUGUGCAGGCCACCAAGAACUACAACAAGUGUUUCCUGAACGUCUGUUUUGCUUACACAUCCCGUCAUGAGAUCAGCAAUGCUGUGAGAGAGAUGGCCUGGGGAGUGGAGCAAGGCCUGCUGGAUCCCAGCGAUGUCUCUGAGUCUCUGCUGGAUAAGUGCCUUUAUACCAACCACUCUCCUCAUCCUGACAUCUUGAUACGGACUUCUGGGGAAGUGAGGCUCAGUGACUUCCUCCUCUGGCAGACCUCCCACUCCUGCUUGGUGUUCCAGCCUGUUCUGUGGCCAGAAUACACGUUUUGGAACCUCUGUGAGGCCAUCCUGCAGUUCCAGAUGAACCAUAGCAUGCUUCAGCAGAAGGCCCGAGACAUGUAUGCAGAGGAUCGGAAGAGGCAGCAGCUGGAGAGGGACCAGGCUGCAGUGACAGAACAGCUGCUGCAAGAGGGGCUCCAGGCCAGUGGGGACGCCCAGCUCCGACGGACACGCUUGCACAAACUCUCAGCCAGACGAGAAGAGCGGGUCCAAGGCUUCCUGCAGGCCUUAGAACUCAAGCGGGCUGACUGGCUGGCACAUCUGGGCACUGCAUCAGCCUGAGUGAGGCUGGCCUCCUGCCACUUUGCCCUGCCCUCUGCCUCCAGGGCCCCACUCCCCUUUCUUUUCUUGGUGAAAGGUACCUCCCUCCUGAUGAUGAAUUGUGUUUCCUUUGCUUGGCAAGGGAGCCCCAGAGGCCAGGUUUGCUGGCCAUAGACAUCUUUGGGCUGCCUGGGACAGUGCCCCUGGAGAGGGUUGAGGGUGAGAGUCUCUCACAAGUACACUAAACCCAAACUCUGAUCCAGGUCAAACUCUGAUCACAAAUAGGUUCAGAGAGCAGAGGGCCCCAGCUCUUCCAUCUUUGCCACCUCUACCUGUACUCCUAGGUGCACUUUCUUUUUCCACCAGCACAUCCUUCAACACAAAGAAUUUCGGGGAAGAGUUCUCCCCAAAACCUUAGCCCUUUACCCAUCCAUCUUAGUCUUCACAAAAGAUGUGGACCCACCUUGGAUCUGCUGGUAAAUAGCUAAUAGGCAGCCAGCGUUAUUUAGGCAAGGAAGGGGAGGGAGAGACAGAAAGAAAAGUUGCCCAUCUGCUGCUCCUCCCCCUUGGCUGUCCACCUGGGAUUUGCUAUUGAAUCUCUACCCCCUCCCACCACACAGUGCUGACUGCUCACUGAAAGCAGCGCCCCCAAUGGUGCGCGGAAGCCAGGCGAGUGAUUACAAUCCAAUUACCUAUUGUUGACUCAGCCCACACAAGCUUUUCUCCUCUUGCAGGGCAUGGGGCCAGGCUCCACUCCCCAGUGAGACCGGUCCCCUCCAUGGCUACAGAGUGACAGAAGACCUAUAGGCCCUGGUGAAUCUAAUCCAGCACAGGCCACCUUCCCUGGAUCACAUCAGGACCAAGAGCACAGAAACAAGCACUUCUCCCAACUGACUGCCUCCUGCCCUCAGCAUCUCGGACUCUGCUUCCCACCUCAACACCUUUGAGGCUUUUCUCAGCUUUUGACCUGUCCCCCUAAGUAGACCGUGAGAUGAUUUAUUCCCAGCAUGGCAGAGUCUCAGCUUGUGAGGGCCAAGGUUGCCCAGCAGGGAGAAGAGGGCCGAGUCAAGGGCCGUGUCCUUUUCCUUACCUCUCCCUGCCAGGCCUCGCUGCAGAGCUGCUGAGAGGAUUAGUGCCUUUGAAGAGCUGUCUGAGCAGCUCUGUGCUUCAGGUGCCCCAGAGCAGCAAGCACCAGCGGGUAAUACCAACCAAAGGCUACUCUGUUUAGUCUUCCCGUUUUACUUUCUGCAAACUGUUUCCCAGCACCUCCCUCUAGGGGAGAGGUAGGAUCUUGCAAGCAGUGCUAAGAGCAUAUUCUUUAAAACCUGUAACUUCCCUAUACUCCAGUCCUCCUCCCCUUUCUGUGCCUGGAUACCUGGCACAAGAGACCCUUUGGGCAUCUUCCCUGCUCCCAGAAUCAAACAUAAAUGCCCGGCACUGCGAUUGAGAAGCCAAUCAAUGCACCCUUUGGCAAGUCCCCCUCACACACCUGGCACUCCCCACUACCAAUCCCUGGCACGGGGUUCCCAGAGAGCAGGUGCUGUACAUUUUCCAGCUUUACAAGGGGGCUGUUGACAGCCUUAAUUAGGGAGGCAUGAAUUAUGCGGCUAUAAUGCAGAGCCCUACAAUUAAGGCGGGAAUGAGGGGCUGGAGGCAGCAAAUGGAAUCUGCCCUGUGAGCAUGGUUGUUGAGUCCUGUCUCCUUUCUGGGUCUGACUUUCCCUACUAUGAUUGGGGUACAGCAGAGGUGAUUAAUGGGGCUGGUAUCUUUGGCCUGAGGUCCUGUAUUCUGGGAAAGGUACACAGUGGGGAGGGGUGAGGAGUGGCUGCCUCUAAGGGGUGGAAAGGAGAAGAGGCGGAGGGAUCGCUGCUGCUCAGGAACAGGGGCUGCAAAUAGUUGAUAUGAACUCACAGUGAUUGCUUUCUACCGGUGUGAUUUGUACAAACCAGCUCAACCCUUGCCUCAAGAAAUUAGGUGAGACCUAUUUAAAUGUCUUCCCACCUGUGAGCCAACCCCCCCCAGUUGAGGAUAUUUAUCGUGUUGCGUUCUCUCGGGUGUCAAAUAGAAUUUUUAAAAUUC